AAGGAACUCGACUUGCUACGUACUGCUUACUGCCUCAUAAGUAGAACUCUCUUCGCUUCGGGUCUGGAUGCAUGUCGCGUCGUUACACGGCAAGAACAGGGAAUGAACAUGUCUCUGUGCGCCAUGACUUUGAUCUCUGAACUCGGAACGGCCAUUAAUCUCCAAUGACCUACCAAAUCGCCAGGCAAGCCGCGGAGUGACUUGCUGCGCGAGACACCAUUCGAUUCCAGACACCUUCGGCGUCCUCUAUUCGCCAGCGACGAUGCCAUGAGGAUGUCCACAUGAGCGAACUUACUCCAGAUACGUCGCUUUUCAUACCGUCCGGACGCUCACCCUGGCGAUAGCUAGCCAACAUGACGUCGUGACAGCGAGGCUCUAACGGCAAAAUUCAGGGCGCGCGGCAGCUCCAGUCUUAUUUAACGAGCGUGGUAUUGACUGUGGACUAUCAGAGCCUCGCUCACUUGCACCGGGACAUACAUCGCAAUGUGCCGCUGGUUCACGUACAUCUCGACCACCGAGCCUUGCUUGCUCGAGGACGUGCUCAUCGUGCCGAAGCACAGUCUGGCGAAGCAGGUUCACGACCGCUACCUCCCCCAUCUCGCGGAAUAUGAGCCAGACCUAACCAAGGCUGCGACGAAGGCCGAGUCUAACCUGCGAAACAGCCCAUACAACAUGGACGGACUUGGCGUAGGCUGGUACUCGAAGGCUCGCGCAGACUACGGAGAGUGCGACGGGCCCCACCCAGCCCUCUACAAAGUCCUCCGCCUUCCCACGACAGACCCAAUCUUCGCCUCCAUCUGCGCCAACACGUCCACGCACUGCGUCUUCGCGCACAUCCGCGCGGCCUCCGGCUCCACCGCGAUUACGGAAUCGAACUGCCACCCGUUCCAGUUCGGGCGCUGGCUCUUCAUGCACAACGGGUCUGUCGCGCACUUCGCCGAGGCCCGCCGCGAGCUCUCCCUCGAGCUCUCCGACGAAGCGAGCGCGCAGGUGAAGGGUACGACCGACUCGGAGACCCUCGCCGCGCUAUUCUUCACAUUCCUCGAGCGGAGCGGGGGCGCCAAGGCGUGGGAGACGUCGCAGCCCCUCACGGUGGUCAAGGCGGCCCUCGAACAGGCGAUCGCGAAGGUCAUUGAGGUGCAGAAACGCGUGAUGGCGAAGCAGGGAAAGGGCAUUGACGCGUCGAGCUUGAACCUCGCUGUCACGGAUGGUACGCAGCUCCUGGCCAUCCGCUUCCGGAACCACGCUACCGAACAUCCGCCGUCGCUGUACUACUCGACGAAGGCUGGCGUGACGCUGAACAGGAAGUAUCCCGAUCAUCCGGACGAGGGCGUGGAUAGGGACGGUGCGAAGCCCGAGAGCGAGCAUGGGAGCAUGUAAUCGUUGCGAGCGAGCCGAGCACGUACAAGGAGCAUGACUGGCAGCUCAUCCCGAAGAACCACUGCGUCAUGGUUGAUGCAAGGAUGCAGCUUCAGGAAGUGCCUGUUGCAGUCGCCUUC